AUGGUAAAUCUUACAGACCCCAAGCUGCAAGGCUUCGAUCUCAUCUCUGCCGUAUACAAAACGGUCGGCGACCAUGGCAUCCGCACAGACAUCCUCGUGCCUCAAGCACCACAUACAGGUAGAAGGCCCACAAUCAUUCGCUUCCAUGGGGGUGGACUGAUGAUUGCCGAUUCCCUCUUCAUGGCCUUUUGGUCGCCCUGGUUGUCCGACCUAGCCCUCAAGCACGGCGCCGUGAUCAUCAGUCCAAAUUACCGACUCAUGCCACAAGCCAACGGCCUAGAUAUCCUUGAAGAUAUUGAAGAUCUCUGGAAAUGGGUCAACUCUUCAGCCGCACGAGACCUUCUUGCGGCACACAGCAUCCCAACUGAGCUCGACCUAACCCGGGUCUUGGCAGUAGGAGAUUCGGCGGGCGGACUAUUAAGUCUUAACUUCGCGCUCUCGCAUGCAAAUGAAAUCCGCGCUGCUAUGGCAUGCUACCCCAUGGCAGACAUGUCCAUUUUUAAUAGCCCCGCGGCGGCACCACCAUUCGGACAUCACACACCAGAGUCGAUCGUUAACGAAGCUCUAGCGUCUGAGAGAGGUAAGAAGAUAAUUUCAUCGUGGAGCGAGCCCGAGAGUCUCCCAUUCAUGCUCUCGGCGAUCGAGCAUGGUCGUCUGGGUGAAUGGUACAAGCGGGGCACAGAGGGCGAUCCACGAGCUGCAUUACUAUCGCCAAUGCAGCGACUACAACCAGGUGUUGGAUUUCCACGAGGAGGAAUUGUAUGCAUUCAUGGAAAACAGGAUAGUGUGGUGCCCGUAUCGCAGUCUGAGAAUUUCAUCGCUCGGGCGCGGAAGAUCACCCAGGGACAGGCUGUGAAUGAGAGACUGGUGCUGACAGUGCAGGAUGGAGAGCAUGGAUUUGAUGACAUACACUAUGAAACUAAAUGGCUCAAGGACACUUUAAAGACGGCAGUUGAGACCUGGCUAGAAUAG